AUGAAGAGAGAGAUGGAGAGCCAGAGUGAUGCACCCCAGCCUCAGCAUCAGACACAAGAGCAACAGCAUCCAGACUCUCCUGUUGGCUCAUCGAUCGGCGAGAAAGCUAUAGACUCUCCGCCAUUUCCUUUGCAGGACUGCUCUUCCAAACACCAUGACGACGAUAUUUCUGUCCUGCGCGACCGUAAUGCUGCACAAGUCUUGUCGUACGAUGCCGACGACUCCCCCUUUCCGGAGGUGCGUGCGGUCAUCCAGCCUAUCGACGACCUUUCGCUGCCUGUGAACACUGUCCGCAUGUGGACAAUCGGCUUGCUUUUUACUAUUGUUGGAAGUGGAUUGAACCAGUUCUUUAGCUUACGCCAACCCAGCGUCACCAUCAGUGCCCUAGUCGCCCAGCUGCUCGCGUUUCCAGUAGGCUGUGCCUGGGCCAAAUGGAUGCCACUGGGCAUCCUGAACCCAGACCGACACUUCAAUAUCAAGGAACAUGGGCUCAUCACUAUCAUGGCCAAUGUCUCGAUCGGUUCCGCCGCAGCGACUCAAAUCAUCGAGGCGGUGGUCAAAUUCUAUCAUAUGCCCUCUCAUGGUGGAUUUGAGGUCCUGCUUUGUGUUACGACGCAACUGUUCGGAUUUGGAUUGGCAGGCAUGGCCGCUCGUUGGCUGGUCACUCCGGCCUCCAUGAUCUGGCCCCAGGUGUUGUCAAAUGCAGCCUUGCUCACCACCUUGCAUUCACGAGAGAAUGCUAUCGCAGAUGGCUGGCGCAUCACGCGCCUCCGCUUCUUUCUUGUGGUGUUCCUAGUGGGCGCUAUAUGGUACUUUGCCCCUGGGUAUCUGUUCACCGGCCUCAGCACCUUCAGUUUCAUUUGUUGGAUCGUUCCUUCGAAUGUAGUGGCCAACCAACUCUUCGGGCAGAUCACCGGGCUGGGCAUGUCGGUUUUGACCUUUGACUGGGCCCAGGUGGUCUAUGCCAACCAAAGCCCGCUUUUGGUUCCGUUCUGGGCUGGCUUGAAUGUCAUGGGCUCAUUUGCACUCUUCUUCUGGCUCAUCUGUCCAAUCAUCUACUAUACCAACACUUGGUACUCAGCCUAUAUGCCCCUUCUGAACUCCAACACUUUUGACAAUACGGGCAACACUUAUGACCCGUCUCGCAUCAUGGGCCCAGAUGGGUCCGUCAAUCAAACUGCCUAUCGAGAAUACUCACCCAUGUUCUUACCUGCGGGGUACGCCAUUACCUUUGGUGUUGCUUUCGCCAACCUGACCGGUAUCUUUGUUCAUAUUGGGCUCUACCACGGUCGAGAUCUAUGGCAACAGUGGAAAGGGACAAACAAGCAAGAUGUGCAUGCGCGUCUCAUGUCGGUCUAUCCAACCGUGCCUUGGUGGUGGUUCGCCGGAGUGACAGCAUUGAUGUUUGUGCUGAGCGUGGUGACGAAUGAAGUGUGGCAUACGGGUCUCCCCGUCUGGGCUGUGCUGGUGGCAUUUGUGCUGCCCACCCUCUACUUUAUUCCGGUCGGGGUCAUCAAGGCAUUGACAAAUAUCAGCAGCAAUCAGCUGAACCUACUGUCUGAAUUCAUUGGCGGAUAUGCUUUCCUUGGCAAACCACUCGCAAACAUGGUGUUCAAAUUUUACGGCUAUGUCGCCGUUCAGCAGGGUCUUGAAUUCGUCGCUGACAUGAAAUUGGCCCACUACCUCCACAUCGCCCCAAGAACCGUGUUCGCCGCUCAAGGCUUCGCCACUCUGAUCGGUGCCAUCGUCCAGUGCGGAGUGACAGUGUUUAUGAUUACGAGGAUCGACGAUGUUUGCACCUCGGAUGCAGACGGUGCGAUCGGCCCUGGCCGAUUAUUUUCUCCCGGCCAGAUCUAUGGUAACCUAUUGUGGUUCUUCCUCGCUGGUCCGGUGGUUGUCAUCAUCACGUAUCUUUUAGGUCGGCGUUGGAAAGCUGUGAACUAUAUUUCCUGGCCGGUCGCUUUUGGAGCGAUGAGCCUGGUCCCACCGGCGACUGGAGUCAGCUUUUCCUCCUGGUGGGUCAUCAACAUGAUCUUCAAUGGCUUGAUACGCCGUCGCAAACCUGCGUGGUGGUCUAAAUACAAUUAUAUCUUGUCUGCUGCGCUUGACUGCGGAGUCGCCGUCUCGACCGUCAUUAUCUUCUUCUGCAUCACCUUACCGGCGGGCCCUUUGAACUGGUGGGGAAAUACUGUGUAUACCAAAACCGCCGACGGACGAGGCACGCCGUACAAAAGUCUACCAAGUCGAGGCUACUUUGGUCCUGAGAAAGGGAUAUGGAGUUGA